AUGGAUAGCGAUGAGUAUAAAAAAGAAGUUGAAGCAAAUGUAAAGGCAGAAAAACUUUUACAGUUGCAAAACCAAACCGUACAGUAUGAAAACUUAGCACAAGAAAGUAAAAAUAACGACGCGGCUAUGCAAAAGGCAAUGAAAAGCGCAGAAUAUAUAAAAGCUAAUAAUGACUGGUUAGAUGCCCAAGCCAACGCUAAAGCAGCCCAGCUUAUAGGGUCAAUAAGGACAAAAAUACAAGCGGAUGAAGACAGUUCAAAUGAAGCUUUAACAAAUGCUGACUUUAAGAACGCCUUCGAAGCUCUUCAUAGUAAGGUGAAACAAGUGAACGACUUCUCAUCUGGAAAGAAACUGAAGUCUGAAGGUUUCGACAAAGAGUUAAAAGAAGUAGCACAAAAUAUGACGAAAAUAACAGAUGCAGCAACGAGACAGGCAGUUCAAAGUGCCUAUGACGCCGUUAGAGCAACUGUUGUGGAAAGUCAAGAAAAAGAGUUACAACAGACCAAAACAGACCUAGUAAAUGCUUUCUUAAGAACGAAAAGUCAGGUAGGACAUUAUGCUGCAGAUGGAACAUAUGUGCCAGCUGGUGGAACUUAUAUACCACCAAACCCUCCAAGAGAAGCACCUGCACCAGGACUACCUAAAACAUUUACAUCGUCACAUGGACACAGACACAGGCAUGCACCAAAACCAGCACAACAACCACCUCCACAACCAGCACAACAACCAACACAACAACCAGCACAGCAACCAACAGUUCAAAACCCUGCACAACAACAACCACAAACAGAGCAAGGACAUAAAAGAAGUAGAGAACAAGGAAACCAAGAAUUCUUAAAAAUGCUUAAAGAAGAGUGUGGUUUCCCAGAUAGUAUUGACUUUAGUGACAGAUAUAAAGAAGCUAUUGGAAAGUUCAAGGAUGGAAAUACUGACCCGAACCUAUUUAGCUUUAUGGCUCAGCACCAAAACGGAUAUAAUCUCAAACCUGGAAAAUACAAGCUCGCUAAGGGAUAUGAUUUAAUAGCAUAUCAUCCAAAUGACAUGGAUGAAUUUACUCCGAGAUAUUUGAUGUCAGAGCUAAAUGACAAUUCAACUUUCGUCAUGAAACGCGUAAAAAAUAGAGACGGAACGAAAGAACAAAAGCUUAUGAAUGCGGAUGACGUAGAUAGGGAAAUUGUUGAAAACGGUCUCGGAAUAUAUGAAAUGCCAGCAGAUGAGGUACAAGAAACUCCACAGGAAGAAGUUCAGAUACAACCAGACAUGGAAGAAAUAGUUCAGCAACAACAGCUAGAAGAGCCUGAAGGAAACGAACAAGUCCUUCCUUUGGAAACUAACUUCACAGAACUAGAUGAAGAUUUGGAACAGCCGAAAAAUCUUGACCCUCAACAAGAGUAUGCGGAGAAUAUGGAAUAUUUCCAAGAGUCUAAAAAAAAUUCGGCUGACAUA